AGGGCUUGGCAACUCUACACGUGUUUUUGUCUGUACGUUUCUUAUUCGUUUCACUAAAAUUAUUUACUAUUCCAUUGCCCUCAGUGAAGCACCUAGCCGAGAGGUUGCGUUGAAUUUUUCUUAAUUUUUCACUAAAAGUACUACUAAUCUACAUCAAAAUGACCGAGGAAGUCAGCCCAAAAGCAUUCCCACUUGCCGAUGCUCAACUUACCGCGAAAAUUAUGAAUUUGUUGCAGCAAGCAUUGAACUACAAUCAACUGCGCAAAGGAGCUAACGAGGCCACCAAGACUCUGAAUCGUGGUCUUUCCGAUAUUAUUGUAAUGGCUGCUGACACAGAACCAAUAGAAAUUCUUAUGCAUUUACCCCUAUUGUGUGAAGACAAAAAUGUUCCAUAUGUGUUUGUACGCUCCAAGCAGGCAUUGGGACGUGCUUGCGGUGUGUCCAGACCAAUUGUUGCGUGCUCGGUUACAACAAAUGAUGGCUCACAACUCAAAUCGCAAAUCCAAUCAAUUCAACAUGAAAUUGAAAGACUUUUAGUUUAAUGUGAUAAACUAUGUAUUCAAGAUAAGAUGUACAAAUAAAAUAUAUUUUGUGAAAAAAGUA